UGAAUCUACCAUUAUUCCUUUCAGUUCAAUUUCAAGCCGAUGAGAGAACAGUGUUGUGGUUAAAAUUAGAAUGUACAUCGGAGUAAAUACACUUUGUUAAACAAAAGGGUGCUCUUUUUUAUCUCAGGCGUUAAGAGUGUAAUAGCAUAAUGGAGAACGGUAUAAACCAACCGUACAAGAUAUGUGAUGUGAAUCGAGAGAAAAAGAAAGGAAUCGUGGCUUCAUCAUUAGAAGAUUUGUUAUCAAAAGUACCCGAAAAGCUAGGAUUGCCGGCAGAGAAUUUAACUGUGGUUCUUGAGUGUGAUGGAACAGAAGUAGAUGAUGAGGAAUAUUUUUCAACGCUUGAUCCAGACACAUCCUUAAUGAUCUUACAUGGCACUGAAAAAUGGGCACCCAAUAUGCCGAAAUGCCAAGUUUCACUGGAUCAAACGGACGACGUGUCUUUAGGUGAUAAGAGUCAAGUUGCGAAUCUCGUUGGUCGGCUCCAGCACAAUUUAUGUCAUAUUUCUUUGCUAGGUGGUCAGGACCUGGAACUAUUGUCUGACAUGGACCCCGACAGCCUUGCUGAUAUUGUGACAGACAGGGACAACAGAAUAAUUCUAGAACACAUCAAGGAAGCAUCUGGCAGGAUACUACUGGAGAAACGUCAAGCUCAAGAUGCCAUGGAACUACUAAAGCUGUACCAUCAAAGUGUAGCAAAUGGAACGGAGGAUGUAUCUCCUCAAAGCCAAGAGCGAGUUUAAUCUUCGGCAUAUGUAUUGUAUACCCUUAGUAUAACCCUUAAUUAUUUAUUUUAUGGGAUGGUGUAUCUCAAAAGUUUACAAAGAACUUGCCAAUUUUAUUUUAGAAAGUACUCAUUUAAAAAUAAACAUACUCCAUCUCCAUAGCUGUAACCUAAAAUGUUAACACCAAAUAAAGGAGGCCUUGUUUUAAAUGCUAUAUUUACAUAACAUUAUUAACCAGUAUUUUAUUUUUAGUUAAGGUUAUACAUUAUACAAAUUAAUUUUAAUUAAUAUAUACUUAUCAGGAUUUGCAUUGAUUGUGCUAGAUGUAAGGGUGAGUAUGUAGAAGUUAGUGUAAGAAGCUAAUCUUAUGAACAUGAGCUGUAAUCAAAUGUUAUGAUAACAUUCUAAAUGUUAUUUGAUAGGUAGAUAUAAAAUUCCAUUUUACACCUUUGUAUAAAUCGUAAAUGUCUCUGAUAUUGGAUGUGUACCUCAUUUGAAGUACACUUUGUCUGAAAAGGCCUAGAUACUUUACAUUUGAAGAACACAAUAUUAGAUGAAAUUUUUCAGCAUUCAAAUAAUAUUAUGAAUUAAACUUGCCAAAUUAAUGAACAAUUAUAAGUUGAAAAUUUUCUAUGUGAACUACUAAAGUAUUUUCGUAAAUUGUUUCUAAAAGUAAAUAUAAAUUGUUGAGCAGUUAAAGUUUAUUGUGUUUAAAAUUGCUUUUCUUUGUAUUCAAUUUCCUUAUUUUAUAAACAUCGCACUAUAUUUAAAAGAUAAAUUGUAAAACUAGUUAUUAAUAUUAAAGUUAAAAUCUGACAAUAGAUGCUAGUCAAUAGGCAUGUUUAAAAUUCCAUUAUUUCACUCUUUUUGUAAACUUUUGAGAGUAAAAUUGCGACAAGGUUGAUAAUCAACAUCAAUUUUAAAGACUGAUAGUUGGUAAAUUUCAUUUUUUAUAUAGUUUUACCCCUAGAAUAAGGUUUUUUCAUUGAAUUCCAAAUUUGCUCAAACAAUUUACAAAUAUUACAUAAGUUUUACCUAUGUUUAAUUCCACUGCCGUAUCCAAUAUUUAUCUUUACAUAGCUCAAUAAUAUAUAAAAGGAAUUGUGUCAUUGGUAAUGGUACAUCUUACUUUACUGUGUUGCUUGCAUUGUCCAAAGAAUAAAUAAUAUUUGUUUUAUACAUAGUUAGUGAGCACAGAUAACUAUUAUGCAUUUUGCUGCUUAAAUGCCAUCUAUUAAACAGCACAUUUAUGAAAAAAAAAUCUAUUGUAUCCACAAUUAUUAUCAAAUCUGUCAUGUAAAAUUUUUCUAUGUCCAUUAAUAUUUAUAAUGCACGUAAAGUCAAUAGGUGUUUUAAGUGUAGGCUAAUAAUAUUAUACUUUAUAUCACGGAAAAUUAUAUGCAUUCCGUAAAACACUACUCAGUAGUUAUGGAUAAGAAUUGUCUACUAUUUUAUUAAAUAUUAGUUAUAAUUUUGGCAAUAAGCAUCCAUGUGUAGAUUAACCCCUCAUAUAGUAAUGUUUAUUACAUUUUAGGUAAGGCAUAGAAUAGAAUGCAAAAUGCUCAAGCCUUUACAGAAAAUGUUUGUGUAUAAAAACUGUAACAUUAUAGGAAAAUUGUAGAGUUGAGAUCCAUAUUAAAAAUCAAUCCUU